UGGCGGAAACACAUGAUUCAACAGUGGGAGCACACGCAACAAACAGUUCCAUUUUCACCCACAAUUCUUAAAUGUUCACAUGUAAUCAUCUAAAAUUUUAUCCCUUAUUGUUCAUAUCUUCAUAUAAGUUCAUGAUUACGUAUACGGCACUCUUAACUAGAGAGGGAUUGCCGUUGCUCCACUGAUGACAUUUGGAAAAUUGUCUGCGAAAACAACAUCCGGGGAAUUCAUGUUAAAUAGCUGACAGGGGGCGCUUCCGAUUUAUGUCAAUAACAUUCGUGAUUUUUUUUACCAAUUUAAGUUUUCCUCUAAUCCGUUUAAACAAACCAAAGCUUCAUACGACUUGGGGCAUGUUUUAAGUAUUUUGAUGUUAUGAUUUCAUUCUUUGAACUGGAAAUUUAUCAAUAUUUAAGUCAUUAGAUGCUAAAUUGUGAAAGUGAAAGUAGGCUCUGUGAUAGACUUGCACAUGCUCGAGUUUUGCAAUAUACUACUUGGAGAAUGAAUACAUCAUGGUUUUGUCAGUAAUUGUGGCGGAUACAUUUCAACGACUUGCAUACUGUGAUUGUGCAUAGUUGUUUAGUUUUUGACUUUUCAAUUUUUGAGUAUUCUUGUAAACAAUGUUUCUUGCUCUUUAGUUAGCUUACAUAGAUGGCUUUAUUUUCCUCUUACACAACUUUAUUGUCUUGUUCUAGAGUCUAGACAGGGAACAUACUUCUUACAGAAAUAUAUGUCCUUGUUUUUGCUAGUGUAACAGAAGAGGAAAAAUGCAACCGCAAGACUAGGAGUCAAACCUGGACUUCCGAACUCUAGACUUUCUAACCAUUUGAGCUAUCUUGUCUCCAGCGUUCAUCCCUAUCCACCUCCUCAUAACUAGACUAGGCAUUUGCACAAUGCAUUUUAUUGUACUGCAUAUAUAGCUCGAAACUUGAACUGACACUUUAUAUGAAGUGCAUUGGCUGUUUCUUAUAUCAGGACAAAAUAUCUUUAAACAGGUUGAGUAAUAUCCCCCUGGAGUCUUAUAUAUUGUUAAGUGUUACUUAGUAUUUUAUGUAUAAGCUAAGCUUUUAUAGUUGCUUGUAAAGGUAGCAUACCUUGGUUGGCUAUUAUGUAGCACAACAGUUUGGGUAACUUGCAUCUAGAAAAAUGUUCAGACAGUUAGGAAAUGAGGAUUCUACUACUGAGUAAUAAGAAUGGAGUUCAAAGAAUUCACCACUCCUUAUCAGUUAAAUAUUCUGUUAAGUAUACCCCCUAAUUCUCUCCUUGGUAGUCAAUAGUCAUAUAUUACAGUUUAGGAAGUUUUAGAAUUGAGCAAUCCUUGUAAAGUUGCAGAAAAUUAUCAAAUACACAAUUUACAUGAUGGAUACUGUGCUUUACAAUCAGGUAAUGGGUCCUCAGAAUCACCUUAAUACCCUUUUUUGUGAAAACCUCUAGGCUAGUGAAUGCAUUACUCAUCGGUGAUAUACCGGGUACAUGUUCAAUGUAUAACGUACACUUAAUAUUGGAAAAAACUACUCUUUAGAUUCAGUAAAGAGCACUGAUGGAAAUGUAUUAUAGAUGUUACUUCUCUAAUUAUUUAACAUUAACAAUCAUCAGCUUAUUCACAUAUAGAAGUGAAUUAGAAUUGUAACAUUUUGUUUCAGUAUUGAGAUCACUAUCAUUUGUAUUGCUUACUAUGAACAUAAGUAAAAUAGAGGAUGGUGAGAAUGUGUUCUUGUACACAUUAGGUUAGAAGUCGAGUGCCAACAGCCAUCAGUUGUAAGGAUGUCUAGGAUUGUGAGUAGUGCCCAUGCAUGUGUGACCUGAAAUUGCAGUGUUAUCUUCUGGAUCAUUAUACGGACUGCUGAUCUGGAAGAAUUUCUGUAGGACUGGAAUGUACAGAGAAUACAAUAGGAAAAACAGACCAGUUAUUGCUUUGACCAGACAACAAGGAUGGAAAAGGGCUCGUCUUAUAUACUGAAUGACUACUUAUCAGGAGCCAUUGCAGGUUCUGUAGGAGUAGUUUCUGGUCACCCCUUUGACACUGUUAAGGUCCAGUUACAAGUUCAGUCUGCAGAGAACAAGUAUAAGUCCUUACUGGAUUGUGUGUCCACAGUGAGAAAACAGAAACUGUCCAAAGGGUUUUUUCGUGGAUUAUCCUGGCCCAUGUUUUCUGCUGGAGUGAUCAACUCGGUGUACUUCGGAGUGUACGGAUAUACACUGAAAGUACUUGGUGGAAAUAAAGAAGAAAACAGUACACCUCCAUACCUCAAGAUACUAUUUGCUGGCUGCUUAGGAGGUGUGGUUCAGUUGAUCCCAGCAUGCCCAGCAGAAGUCAUUAAGGUCGUUUUACAGUCACAAAUACCUCAUGGCAACCUCCAAGGAGCCAAAUUUUACAAGGGUCCUUUGGAAGGUGCUGCACACAUCUUGAGACUACAUGGUUUAAGGGGGAUGUAUCGAGGUCUGCCCACUCAGUGUAUCAGGGAUGUUCCAGCUAACGGCAUUUACUUCCUGACAUUUGAGUUUCUAACCUUCAAUGGAUCAAGCAAGCUACCUUUUAUACCUGCUGCUGUGCAAAAUUUUUUCGCGGGUGGUAUAGCUGGCGUUCUUAGUUGGAUGGCGAUUAUACCGUUUGAUGUGGUGAAAAGUCGCCUGCAAGCUGACUGUGAUAGUAAGCGUUAUAAAGGGUUUCUAGAUUGUGCCUUGGCUUGCUACAGGCAGGACGGUUUAUCAGUGUUUUUUCGGGGUCUCUCCAUGGUGGCUUUGAGAGCAUUUCCAGUUAAUGCUGUUACAUUCAUGGUUUAUGUUGAAAGUAUGAAACUUCUUGGAGAGGAAGUUAGUUAUGCUUAAUAGGAUAUACAAUCAUAUCGGGUCCAGUUAUGUUAUUAUUUCUGACUUCUGUAUCCCAAUUUCUAGUAUGUCUAUUGUUCAUUUUGGAAAAAAUAGAUUUUGCCAGUAAAUAUCAAUGCUUUUAUCCAAAAUUUGCUGCCAGCAACUUUUCUUUAAAAAAAAAAAAUUUGAUAGAGCAAAAACGAUAUCAAAAUGGGUAUUUUUAGGUCCCCUCAGACAAAGUUUCAAGAGACCUAUUCUAAUCGCCUUUUGUCUGUCGUCCUUCGUGCGUCCGUAAACAAUUUACAUUUUCGACUUCUUCUCCAAAACCGCUCAAUCACAUUCAAUGAAA